CCGCAAAGGACACGUCGCCGCGGAAAGCAAAAGGGUUGAGAUGGAAGCGACGGCCGCGCGAGAAGCGGCGUCUCGUCCAUUGGACGCGCCGCUGCCCGUGGCAGACUUGGUGCCGCUCUCGGUGCUGGUGGCGUUGGUCGUCGUGGCCCUCACUCUGCUGAUUUUGAAAUUUAUCCAGACCAGGAAGAGCAGUCGGAGAGCGGUGCUUCUAGUGGGCCUCUGUGACUCAGGGAAAACUCUUAUGUUUGUUAGGCUUUUAACAUCCAAUUUCCGAAAUACACAGACUUCCAUAACAGACAGUUCUGCCUUGUACAGAGUUAAGAAUGACAAGAACUCAAGUGUGACUUUAAUUGACCUUCCAGGACACGAGAGCUUGCGGCUUCAGGUCUUGGACAGAUUCAAGGCUGCAGCUAGGGCGAUUGUGUUUGUUGUGGAUAGUGUAACAUUCCAGCGGGAGAUGAAGGAUGUGGCAGAGUUCCUGUACCAGGUCUUGACUGACAGUGUGGUGCUGAAAAAUGCACCGCCCCUACUAAUAGCCUGCAACAAGCAAGAUGUCACAAUGGCAAAAUCCUCCAAACUUAUACAGCAGCAGCUGGAAAAAGAACUCAAUACCUUACGGGUGACCCGCUCAGCUGCUCCCAGCACACUGGAUAGCACAAAUUCUGGAUCUGCCUCUCCGCUUGGGAAGAAGGGCAAGGAAUUUGACUUCUCCCAGCUACCUAUGAAAGUGGACUUUAUAGAAUGUAGUGCCAGAGGAAGCAAGGGAGAGGAGGGUAGUGCUGACAUUGAGGGCUUGGAAAAAUGGAUAUCCAAAACUGCUUGAGCCACAGGGAAGCAUCAAAGGCAGCCACUAGGGGAAAAAUGUGCAUUUGAAUAGUAUGUGAAAUCUAAUGCAGGAAGGAUGAGUCGUGGCAACAGCCUAAGUAGGAUGGUGGGAGCCUUUGGAAGAACAAUUAUGACAAGGUCAUUCUGCUGUACUUUGGAAUGCUUUUCUGCUUGAUGGCGUUCUGGCGGUGAUGUACUGAAGAAUCCCUCCAAAUGUACACCACAAGCUGCAGUUCCUUUUCUCCUUCCCAUUCUCAUUUCCUUGUCAUUUCUUCUACUAUAUCUUAUCUAUAUAGGCUUUACAUGUGGAUUUGAUACUGGGUGACAGUUGUGUUGUUUCAAAAUUUGAAUUUCUUCAUUCUUGCUUGCUUUCCAUUAGUAACCUCAUCUGAGAUGUUCCUGGUAAAUAGCCACUUGUUUAUGAGCAUCUGUGAAAGCCGCUGGUUGCCUGAUAUUCAGACACCUCAGUGGGGGGGUUGACAGUGUGUGCUAUGCCUAGUAGUGCCUUUUUCUGCUGCUAGGUUUGUGGUCUGAUCCUUCUGCAGACUGUACUUUAAUAACUGCGCUUGAGAGCUAAGAAAUCCAAGCUGUUAAGUAUGUUUUGGUUUCUGUUUCCAGGCCCUUUUCCCAGUCAGAGAGGGUGAAAGGUAUGAUAUGCUAUGUAUUGCUGAGUUGAUCUUACAGUAUUUGAAAUGUAUUUCUGGCAAAUACUUCCAUUUUAAUUGGCUGAUAUAUCCAUGGUUGGAGACCCUGUGCGUUUUUGGUAAGACCUAAUGUAACACUCUCUACAAACAGUGGUAAUGGUAUGGGGCUCUUCUCCAUUCUGUCUGUUUCACUACUUGGUGGACAUGGGUCUUAAUAUUAUCUGUGCCCAGUUUCCUGAAGGUGUUUCUGCUGUACGAAUUUGUGUUGUACUGUUAGAAAAGACAAAUGUUGGGACUGUGUAUACAUUCUUGGCCACCAAGUCAGAGAGUACUUCUCUAGGUGACAUUCAUAUAUUUUGCAAGAAAUUCCUUACCAACAGGAAGACAUCGUUCACAAUUACUUUACUAUGUCAGAAGAAGUACUUGGGCCUGCUUCAUAUAAUAUGAAAGAGAUGUUUGCUGCAUGUCCCAGCAGUGAACAUUUAAUGUUUGGGAGUUGAGCAUGUGCAAACAUUUGGUAAACAGAUCCCUGCAAGCCUCACCCAGCUGUUGCUCCUGGAUGCAUGUUUUCUCUGUGUCUACUGAUGCUCAUCUCCCUUUCAAGCAUUAGUGCCCACUGCCUGUUCCAGCAGUGAUGCAUACAAGAAUCUUUUUCAUAUUGUGUAAAACAUACCCAGAAUUUUAUCUGCACUCAAUAUAAUCAGCGUAUGUUGCAGUUAGUAGCGUAGCCUGUUACCAGUUGUGGAUUUGGUUGAAAACCGACUUUGUAUCUUUGAACAGCUCCUGCUUUGGAUUGCAGUUUACCUUAUUAGCUUCUUGUCAUAUCUAUACCAUGGUAGCAAGACAUGGAGGCUCAGACCAUGAAGCAUAUGCAUCUCGUUGUGUUCAUGGCUCAAGAUACCAGAGGCUUUGUAUAUACUGUAUUCACAAACUCACAGGUGUAAGCAAUCAGGCCUUUUAAAUUAUUCUUUGAAAAUGUCUGUGAAUAAAGUCA